GAAUCCUUUCAAGUUUGAGGGCAUCAUGAGAAGCUCAAAAACCAUAAAUGACGGUACUAUCUUGUGCAUAAAGCCGCGGUGAUUCCCAUCGAACAUAUUUGUUGUCCUACGCCAACAGAUUCCGCAACCAUCAGGAUGUUCAUCAUUUCGCCUACAGAGGAGUCCAAAGAGUUGGCCACGCAGGCUCAUUUCCCCGUCGACAAAUUCAUUCGGAAUAUUGAUGCGAAAGACUUCUGGAGAUUUCCCGACGGCAUGGAGACUAUCGAGGCCAAGCGACUUCUACGACACUACGUCGUCAAACAGAAACCGACUCUUGACAAAAGAGCAGCAUCCCGAGGGAUACACAUAGAAGGAAGGCUAAUGACGGUAGGGCCCGAUGUUGUCUGGCUGAGAGACGAUCUUCUCAGGAAUAACCUGGAUAAGACCACCGUGAUAUGCUUGGCCAUCCCAGCCCCCUCCCAGGUGCAGAAUGCAGCACCAUCUCAUGAGGGCCCGAAAAUCAAGCAAACGUUGAUGCCAGAAAUACGGAAGGGUGGGACGAAAGCUUUUACGAUCGACUGGUCGGAGAAAGGGUUUGCGGACGCAACGGCUGCAGUGAAGGAGAGUAAGGGAACCAUGUUGGCACCCGUUCAUCUGCAAGUCGGCUGCGUAUUGCAGCUUGACGAACAUGAGGAACUCUACGUGCGACCAGAGGCUGAAGGCGUAUGUAUGGUCUUGUUUGGGCACAAGUACAGCACGCAGGAAGCGGGGAGUAGGUGAGGCAUUCAGGGAUCCCAUUUUCAUAGCUUUUCUAAGAAAAGGUCAAAGGUCGCAUUGUCCCGAGAACCGAUCAGAUCAGAGACGUCGGUCAGAAACAUCUGUGCAGACCAGCUUGGAUCCUCUCCCCAGCCACAUUCCCCCAUCUCCCUAGUAUUCUCG